UGUUCAGAAAUCUGGCGGAGCACUUGCGUCGGCGAGCCGAUCGCCUGGUAUUUUAGGCAGCUGGUCCGUGCCCGCCCCUCUUUUCAAGCACGGUGCUUCCUUGGUGGGGCAUUGCCAUCAGCGGCAGCCUGACGUUUUCUGCUUGUCCGGCGCUUGGGGCCGCCUGCCAUGAUUGUUGACACUCAACCACGCAAACCAUCUCACCUCGCCUUCUCUCCACUGCCUUCCGCGCUGAAGCCAGUACCGCAGGGUCUCCCAAGGCAACUGCAUCCUCGACAGCACCUCCUUCCCCGCGCGCUUUGUCGAGCUUCGUCUUUCACGCAGUCAGUGGGGGAGUCAAGCAGGAAGGAGGGGCAGAUCGGUACCACGGAUACAGCUCCCGGGAUUGUCGCAUAGACGACGCUUGCGAUAUCCGCGACUCCGCUCCUACCUCGUCUUUAACAUACUACAGCCGUCAUGAUGGCUUCGAACGGCGCUCAGGAAAGCUUCGCCGUCCCGAACGUGCUGGCAGCCAUGCUGACCAUGCGGAGCGGAGAUCCUGAGAAGAAGAAGGUCGCGGUCGACUAUCUGGGCAGGUUUCAGAAAUCGAACGACGCUUGGACGACAACGAUAUCCAUCCUCCAAAACUCGACCGAGGCGGAAGCGCAGCUGUUCGCCGCAACAACUCUGAAGGGCAAGAUCACAUACGAUCUCGCAACUCAAAUCUCGGAGGGCGACCUACCUGCGCUGCGCAGCCAGAUCCUGCUGCUACUCAAGAAGUUCGCCGGGGGCCCCAAACCCGUCCGGGUCCAGCUAUGUGUGUGCCUGGCGAUUUUGGCCAUUCAGAUGCAGACAUGGAAGGAUGUCCUGCCCACCGUUGUCUCAGCGCUCGGGAACGACGUUGCGAGUCACGCCUGCAUCCUCGACUUCCUGCGCGUGCUUCCGGAAGAGGUCACCGAAGGCCGAAAGAUCACCUUGUCUGAAGAAGACCUCACCCAGAGGACAUCAGAGCUGCUGGCAGACAAUGCCGAACAGGUAGUGCAGCUGCUCGUCAACUACGCACAGUCUUCACCUGCUGCCGCAACCAACCCACAGCUCUUUGAGUGCAUCAGCUCAUGGCUCCGGGAGGUGCCUGUCAGCGUCAUCGUCAACUCAACCCUGAUGAACGCUGUUAUGCAUGGGGUAACGGACGACAAGUCGCUGCAGGCCGCCGCCGAGUGCCUAGGGAUCAUCUGCAGGGAAACGAAGGACGUAGAUGACAACUACGAGACCAUCCAAGCCUUGCUGCCCAGGGUUCUUGAGCUCAGGCCGCGCAUUCAGGCUUUGGUAGACGAGGACGACACCGAGGGGUUCAAGGCGAUCACUAGGGUGUUUGCAGAUGCUGGCGAGUCGUGGGUCUUGAUCAUAGCCCGCCAACCGCAGCAUUUCCGUCCCCUUGUCGACUGUCUACUGGAGUGCUGCGCAAGGGAUAAGGAGCGAGACGUCAUUGGCUACACCUUCAACUUCUGGUACGAGCUGAAGCAGUAUCUCACGCUCGACCACUACAUGGAGGCGCGGGUGCAGCUCGUCGACGUCUACGCGAAGCUUGUCGACAUUCUGCUCACGCAGCUCGAGUACCCGCACUCCGACAAUCCGAACGAGCUUGACCUCUUCGAUGGUGACCGGGAGCAGGAGGAGAAGUUCCGCGAGUUCCGUCACCACAUGGGGGACACACUCAAGGAUGCAUGCGAGGUUAUGGGUGUGGCUGCCUGCCUGAGCAAGGUACAUGACGCAAUCAAGCUCUGGCAGGAGAAGUACGGCAGCCAAGCGACGCCGACGUCGGUUCCCCAUUGGCAGUCGCUCGAAGCUCCUCUGUUCGCGAUGCGGGCGAUGGGCCGCAUGGUGGACUCACACGACAGCAGUGUUCUACCUCAGAUUUUCCCACUCCUGGUGCAGAUUCCGAUCAGCAAUGAGAAGCUGCGGUUCGCCGCCAUCAUGGUCUUUGGCCGAUACACCGAAUGGACGGCAGCGCAUCCGGAGUUCCUUGAGCCACAAUUUCAAUACAUCGUCUCGUCCUUCCAGGCCGAGUCGCAGGAGAUCCUCCGCGCGGCUGCGCAGGCCUUCAUGUACUUCUGCGUCGACUGCAAGCAGCUCCUCGGUCCUCAGGUUCUCCAGCUGCAGGUAUUCUACGACCAGAUCCUCGAUAAGCUGCCCGUGUCCAGCAAGGAGGAAAUUACAGAGGGCGUCGCCUACGUUGUUGGUGUCCAGAAGGCCGAGGACUUGUACAAGCUCCUCAAGCUCUAUGCCGACCCCCUCGUACAGCGAUUGAUGGUCAAGGCCAACAAUGCGACCGAGAACAAGGCGAAACUCGACCUUGCCGACCAUAUCAACCUCCUCACCUACUUCGUGCAGCACGUUGUGCCAUAUAUCCCGAGCAACGCCGAGAACCCCGCGGUAAAGUACUGGCAAGAGGUGUUCCCCAUCUUGUCCACCAUCCUUGAGAACUUUAUCGACUUUGUUCCCAUUUGCGAGCGGGUCUGCCGUUGCUGGCGGUUUAUGGUCAUCUCAUAUCGGGCGGCCAUCACACCUCUAUUGGGCCCGCUUGCCAACAAGCUGGCAGAAGGGUUUGCACGGUCCAAGCAAGGCUGCUUCCUCUGGGCCACGAGCGCGAUUCUUCGCGAAUUCUCCGAAGACAGGGAGCACGUGGACGAGGGGAUCACCGACAACAUCUACAUAUUCUUCGAGGCGCAGGCGACGAGUGUGCUCCGCACCAUGAGCGACCUGCCGCCUGCCGACCUUCCAGACGUUAUCGAGGACUUUUACCGCCUUCUUAUCGACGCCCUCCUCUACUACCCGACCAAACUCAUCCCGUCACCCCUAUUUACGCCCAUCUUCCAGGCGGCCAUCUCCGCCCUGGCCCUGGAGAAGCAGGAGCCCGUUUCUGCUGCACUGCACUAUAUCCGGGACCUGCUCACCUACGGCGGCCCGAACCCCGCCGGGUCCGGCAGCGAGCUCGGCGCAGCAGGCGAGCAGUUGCGCGGGAUCGUCAAGCAGCUGCUCCUCACGCAGGGCGAAGCGCUGAUUAAGCAGACGCUGGCCGGCAUGAUGAUCACGUUCCCGCGCGACUGCUUCGCCGACGGCAGCGGCGUGCUGCUGGGCAUGUUCGAGCUGCUGCCGGCCGAGACGACCCAGUGGGUCGACCGCACCAUCCGCAUGCUUCCGCAGGGCACCAUCACGCCCGCCGAGGCCGACCGCCUGAUGGCCAAGAUCCGUGAGAAGCUGCAGGGCACCGACGUCGCUAGUGUCCGGCAGAUCCGCGUACUCCUGCAGGAUUUCACGAAUACCUACAGGCGGCGGUACGUAGCGCCCCGCGACGGGCUGGGCCAGCUCGAGGCGGCGCGCUUCCACUUUGCGGGCUAGCGGCCACCGAAUGGGCGGAGGAGGCAUUGUGUGCAUGCGGGAUGGGAGGUUCCUCCUGUCUAGUCCGCGGUGUCGAGUCAACGUGGGUGCUGAAGAUACACGUUCCGCACAAUGUCGAGGGAAGGGAAUUUAGGUUGGAGGGUUGUGGAGUAAUGUCUGCAGAGGCGCGGAGGAUCAUGCAUUAGACGGAACGGCGGGUGAAUGGAAACGACGACGUGCUGGGCUGGGAAAGUGAACGACGAUUGCGUUCGGGGCUGCUUCGAGGAAGCAAUGGAUGUAGAUGGGUUAUGUUAGUAGGCAGAAUACCUUACCCUUAUUUAGGCACUUGGUGUUGAUGGAUGGUAUACCGCGAGAUGACAGGGCCUGGAUUUACAGGAAAUCAAAAGUGAGGGGGGGCACUCAUGAUGGGUAUGGGAGGGGGGGAGCGCAUAUCAAACCAUCUUUAGGAAGACCAGGUAUUAGUAGCACGAUAUCCCACUUUGGAGAACAUAAGAUCGGU